CAAAAUUUCGCUGUAUUUUUUUUCUUACGAGAACACCGUUUUUAACUUAUAUUAAGCGGUUCCGUUAUCGAAUAUCGGUACUGGUAAUGUACGGUACUGGACUACUGAAUAAUGGAAAGGGAGUUCAUUGAAGGCGUGAAUGCAAGAUCCCGUUUUCGUGCAAAGUCAUCAAUUUUGGAAGGGUUUGGAAAUGACUUCAAAGAGCCAGAAAAAGAAGUCGUUCCAAAAUUAUCAAAAACAAAUUUUUUUCGUGGUGGUUGUGCAUUGGAUGAAGUCGAAUAUUCAGUCACCAAUGAAAGAGGUAGACUCACGGCGAAAGAAAAGAAAAAGGAAGUCGAGGUUCAACUCAUUUCUAUACAUUCGCAUGGAAGAUAUGUUGUUUUCGUCGGUGGAGCAGGAAGUGGAAAAACGACGCUCGUUAAACGAUACUGUCUUUUGGUAUUAGAUGGUAAAGUCGAAUGUAUGAAAGAAGUGGAGAUAGUUCAUCUUUUAAACAUCAAAGACUGGUCUUUAAAGGAUGGAGAAUAUACUCCUUUAGAAAUCCUUUUUUCCAUAUUUAACAUAGCAAGAGACGAUGCAGUAAAAUGUGGAUUCGAACUGCUCAAAAACAUCGAAAAUCAGAAAAAAUUACUGAUAUUGUUGGAUGGCUUGGAUACAACUCCUUGGGUGUUGGAUGACGACAUGUAUCACUAUAUGAUUACUUAUGACCAAAAAGCACCUGUGCCUGUUAUUAUUUACAACAUUCUUUGUAGAAAUCUAUUUCCCCAUUGCAAAAUAUUGUUAACAUCAAGAGAAUACGGGAUAAACAGAUUUCCAAGUGAGAUACGACCGGAUGCCACAAUUGCUCUCAGAGGACUUUCAAGAAAUUCUAUUAUGACCUUGGUAAGAGAAAUCGGCGAAGACAGCGGAGACAAAAUUUUGGAACUCAUGUUGAAAAAAUCACUCAAGCUCAUGCUUCUUUGCUCGACUCCUUUAUUUCUAAUAUUUGUUAUUAUCGUGCACUUGAGCGGAGAUGAUAUACCCGAACAUCUUUCAGGGCUCAUCAUGACAAUACUACAGAACCAUGUGCGAUCUAAACAUCUCAAGAACAAGGACAUUAAGCAAGUACUUAUGAAACUAAUGAAACUUUCGCUUGAUGGCUUGAAAAGAGGAGUUGCCGUAUUCAACAGGAAUGAUUUGAUAAAUAACGGCAUCAAUGUUGAUGAUAUCAAAGAUCUUCUAAUCAGUGUUCCGACUCCAAGCCAAAAUGUGGUUUGUGAUCAGAAAUUAUUGGAAGAAGAUUACUCAUUUUUUUUCGUUCAUCAAACUAUUCAAGAACUGCUUGCAGCAUGUGAAUUGGCUAAUCUUGAUUCAUUGCAGUACGAGGAACUGAUUGACAAUCAGAUCCACACUUCGAAAUAUGGUGUUGUUCGACAAAUGUUAUGUGGAUUGACGUUUAACAAAAGUACAGAUAAAAUGAGUUUGGUUAAAAGUACUAAUGAAGAGCACGCACAACAAAUUGCUCAAACGAAGCAAGAUUAUUUGCUGCAGUCGCUUCAAAAUGAGCUGAAGGAUGGAAAUAUCCCACCAAUGCAAAUGCUCAACCUGUUGAUCUGUCUUUGUGAGUGUGGAGAUAACGAAAAAAUUGUUCAGUUGGUGAAAACAAAUAUAAAAAAAGUCUGCUUGUCUGGAAUUCCACUUACAAUCAGUGAUCUUCAUGCAUUGGGGAGUGUUACAUUUCAUUGUGAUCGGCUCAGUAUAAUGGCGCUGGACAAUUGUCAAUUGAAUAUACACGAUCUUAAAGUUUUAUCAGACGGUCUUGGAGAAUCUCCUACCGAGAUUACAGUGUUUGACGUGUGCUUCAAUCGCAGUCUUCUUAAAAACAGCAUGUAUUACUUGCACAAAAUCUGCAUUCGUGGUCAAGGAUUGAAUUACUGGCAGUGUGGUUUCAAACAAAGAGAUAUCUUGUAUUUUGAUGAAAAAGAGGCAGAGGAAUCUGCUUCGGUGGUUGAAGAUGCCACACUCAAAGAUGCGACGGAAGAACAGCAAAUUGAAACCAUGCUUAAGGAUCAGAAUGUACUGGAUUUCAGUCACUAUAACGUAGAAAAUUAUUUUCAAACGUUGGAAAAAUUGGUUGAAGACGCGAACAAAACGGACAGUUUCAAUGUGAUCGUGACAGAAUAUGAAGGACAUUACGAUGUUUCAAAGCUUUGCAAGUUACUAGAAAAUUGUAAAAAAUUGGGAGAGUUUAAAAUAUCUGAAUGUGAGUUUAAUGAGAUGCAACUGGAACAAAUUAUGCAAACUAUUCCGGAACAAAAGAUACAAAUGGUAAACGUAUUUCUUGCGACAGAUAUACAACCGGAUGGAUGGAAAAAAAUUGGCGAAAUUACCAAAAAGUAUAAAGCAAAUAGCCUUGCUGUUACAUCCUGCUCUUUGACCGAACAAAAAUUAGCAAAACUUAGAUUAUCGCUUGGUCACUGGAAGGUUAGCAGAUUUGAUUUAAGCCGAAACGGCGAUAUGAACGAAAUUUGCUUGAAUCAAGUUGGUGGGAUUGUUAAAGACUGUGAAACUGAAGAGUUAAUUAUGGGAUACUGCAACUUGUCCAGUGGCCAGAUGGAGGCAUUGAAAGUCUCUUUAUGCGAUGAAAAUGGGGCAGCAAAAUUAACAAAAAUAGACCUGAGUGGAAACGACAAGUUGGGAGAGGAUGGUUUCAAAGAACUUGGAAAAAUUGGUAACAUGUGCAAGACGAAAGAACUCGAUGUCAGUGAAUGUGAUCCAUCCCCACAAGAAAUCAGGAGCUUCAAACAUGGAGUACGAAAUGCUGAGAUAACGAAACUGAACGUAAGCAGAAAUCGAAAUAUGGGGCUAUGGGGACUUUACGACGUCGGUCAACUCGUGGGACAAUGCCAAUUGAAAACUCUGUUCGUUCGCCAAUGUGAAUUAGAAGAGAGAACUCUUGCAAAAUUUGCAGAAGGAUUGGGAGUCGCAAAGAUAGAGGAACUCGAUUUUGGUCUUUACUUCAUGAAACGAAGAAACACAACUGAAGCAGAAAGGAAUAUUUUCUUAAACUUGUUACCAAAUGUUACAAAAAAACUGACAUUGAACGCAUGGGAUUUUGGACCAAAAGAAACAGAAUUCAAAAAUCGGUUGCAAGCUAAACUGAACGAACUUCCUUUCAUUGAACCGGGAGUCCAAAUUGUAUUUGAUCGCGGACAAGAUGUAUACAUACAGCAAGAAAGGACAUCAUAAAUAUAAUCUGAAUUUUUCGCCUAUGACAUUUACUACUGUUUGAGUUAUUGUUGUGAAUGAGUAUCUCUCGACUAUAGAUAUAGGUUGUUUCAAAAAUAUUAGAUCUUCAAGUUUUUGCUCAUGUCGGUAAUUAACUCACGGCAUCAACUGUGUUGUAUAUUCUUGUAUAUAUCGCAAUUUGUUAAAAUUAAGUAAUUUCGCCAAGGAUCCUUGUCAUCCCCAAAAUUAAUUAUAUUUAAAUAUAUAGCAUAUAGCUUAUAAACAGUGAUCUAUGUAUUCAAAUGCGUUUUCUGAUUCAGACAUGGUAUAUUGCCCGAUUAUAAUUAGAAUUGGUUCGCAUUUUGCAAUCCUGGUAAUUUAUUAACUUGUCGCUCGAGAUGAUUGUCGGGAUAUCGCCGUUGGCAAAAUUACGAGGUCGACGAUAAAAUGUGAUCGGGCCGUAAUUUUGAAAUAGAUAAUGGAAUGAAUCAACCUCAGGUGACUACGGUAUAGUUUCCGUGGCACUCCUAAAACGG